AUGCAAAAGGCAAAUGAGAGACGUUUUGUUCCAGUGGAGUUAAAUCAGCUGCAUUGGGAUUUGCCCGACCGCUACACGUCAGUAAUGGUUGUUGGUCACGGCGCUUAUGGCACAGUGAGUUCGGCAGUAGAUCAAUAUUUGAAGAGACCAGUUGCAAUCAAGAAGUUGGACAGGCCCUUCGAAAACCCCGAAUUCGCAAAGCGCACCUAUCGAGAGUUGGCCAUCUUAUCUCAGAUGGAUCAUGAAAAUGUUAUAUGCUUGAUAGAUGCCUUUACACCGCAAACCACUUUUGAAACUUUUCAAGAUGUCUACCUCGUCACGCCUUUGAUGGACGCUGACUUGAGCGCAAUCAUCUCCCAGCAAGUACUUGCUGAUGAUCAGAUUUGCUUCCUUGUCUAUCAAAUGCUUCGUGCUCUCAAGUACAUGCACGGAGCACAUAUAAUCCACCGAGAUCUCAAGCCAUCGAACAUUGCAGUGAACUCGGAUGUGGACUUGCGGAUAAUCGAUUUCGGACUGGCACGCCAGAAGAACAGUCAAAUGACAGGUUAUGUAGCCACUCGCUGGUACCGCGCUCCCGAAGUAAUGCUCGACUGGAUGCAUUACAAUGACUCUGGUAGGUGUUUCAUUUACUUUGCAUUCCGCCAAUAA